CCAUUCAGCUUCGACUCCAAACCUCCCUCCUAACCUUACCUUCGGAUCCGAACCUCAAUUUUGCUCCUCUGUUCGUUGAAAAUUUCGCACUCUAUUUCGACCUCUCUCUCUCUCUCUCUCUCUCUCGUCGAGCUAAAACAAAAGCGCCCAAUUUCCAAACCCUAACAAAUUCUCUCACGAUUUUGACACUCUUUCAGGGAUCGAUUUUUCGAGCUCCAUUUCAAUGGCUUCAUCACUCCAUUGUUAGGUUAGAAAUGUGCGAUUUUUACGGAAAUUUUGAGUUUAGUAUCUGUUUGUUUACCGAGAAAAGGGAGGGAGGGGUGACGGGGAUCUUCAUCGUGGGGAAUUGUAAAUUUUAAAUUGAGCUGAGGAAACGUCACAACCAGGGUGAAUGUUUAAAUGUACAGAAGAGGAAGUGAUUUUUUCUCUCAAACCAUUAGCUGCUGAGUAUUUUUGGCUUGGAUUAUCUCUAUGCCUGGCAACGAAGUUGGGGACAGGAUCCAUAAUUUCCUUGGUCAAGAGGGUUUGUCCCAAGGCCAGCAUCAUUCACCGUACCUUGACACUUCCUGGCCCGGCUUAAGUAACAAUAUAUGGGUUGGAGGCCAGAGACAAGUUGGUGGACCUCUUGUUUCCAGUUUGAAGAAUUUUAGUGCACAUCAAUUAGCUGAUUCUGACAGAGGACAUGGUGGUCAGUCUUUUAACCAGCAGCAUGACAUGAACUUCACUCAAUUAGAUUUGAGGCCUGAGCUAGCUAGAAGUCAAUUACAAGCCCAAUCACCAAAUGCAAAUGGCUAUUUGCUACGGCAUCAGGCUCUUCAGGCAAGGCAGAAUGAAACAAACUUUUUGGGAGUGGAUGCAGCAUCUAGAUGCUUAUCACCUCUCGAUUCACAGAUAGGAAAUGGUCCUGAUCUUCAUAAGAAAAAUUCCCCGAGGUUGGAAUCUACUGAAUCUCCCGUAAAUUAUGAUUUUUUUGGAGGGCAACAGCAAAUUACUGCACAGCAUUCUGGCAUGAUCCAACCUUUGUCUGGGCAGCAAGCAGGGAUGAAUGACAUGCAGCUAUUGCAGCAACAGCAACAGCAACAGCAACAGCAACAUGCUAUGCUUAAACACAUGCAUGAAUUACAGAGGCAACAACUCCUGAAGCCACAGUUUCAGUUACCGGAUACAAGGCAGUUGUGCUCCGCAAAUCAGGUUUCCUCUACUGUAAAACAGGGAUUUUGUAGCCUUUCUCCAGCUUCAAUCAAUGGCCUUCCUCUCCAUGAUGCUUCAAAUUAUUCCUGGCAGCCUGAGCACAUUACACCAAAUGCAAAUUGGCUGCAGCAUGAUGCAUCUCCAGCCAUGCAUGUAUCCUCUGGAGGAUUUACGUUUUCCCCUGAGCAAGGGCAAGUGUCUUUGAUGGGUCCGGUUCCUCAGCAGGUUGAUCAAUCAUUUUACGGGAUCUCAACUGGCGGUGCAAGAAGAAAUCCAUAUCACCAUUCUUCUGUCCAAAUGGAUAAGCCUUCAAUGCAGCAGGUGCCUGCCAGCAGUAAUUCUUUUCCAGUUAAUCAGUAUGCCGUAUUUACAGAUCAAGUUGGCUUGCAAGAUGGAACUUCGGUUUCUAGACAGGCUGAUCAGGGUGGAAAUGUGUUUGGGGCUGCAGCAGGAAAAGGCUUAAAUAUUGGAUUUCAUUCAGAAAAUUUGCAGGAAAUGACUAUCCAACCAAAAAACGAGGUGAUGCUGGAGUGUUGUGGAAGGCAAGAACUUCCUGGUCCAUCAGAAAUAUCCCUGGAUAAGUCAGAGAUUCAGGCUGCUCCCUCACAGAGUGUGGCUACCCUAGAUGAAACAGAAGAAAAGAUUUUAUUUGGUUCAGAUGAUAGUGUGUGGAAUAUCUUUGGAAGGAGCACCAACAUGGGCACAUUGUUGGGUGGUACGGACUCAUUCGGGGGACUGCCUUCUUUGCAAAGUGGCAGUUGGAGUGCACUUAUGCAGUCUGCUGUAGCAGAAACAUCUAGUAAUGAUUUAGGGGUACAGGAAGAAUGGGGUGGUUUAGGUGUGCAGAAUAGUGGAUCUCCAAAUGGGAAUAUGCCAUCACAAAUUGUCAAUGAUGGCAGCAAAAAUCAAUUGGCUUGGGAUGAUAACAAAUUGCAGACUGCCUCGACAUCGAACUCUAAACCUUUUCCAAUGUCUAGUGAUGCCAAUAUCAAUCCUGACUUUUUUAGCAUCCCUGGGGUUCAGCAAUCAGGAGUCCCUUUUGCAAAUGAACAGACUGAGAAAAUGCAUAAUUACUCAUCUCAGAAAUUUGUUCAACAGUUAACAGAAGAAAGAAGCAAAAGGUUAGGUUGCAGUUCCCUACAAAAGCCUGUAGCUGAAAGUGUGCAAUUCUUUGGAAAUGUUGCUCGCUCUCCUAAUGUGCAAGUAAGUGCAAAGAACAUUUCAGGUCACCAACAAGACAUAGCUGUACAUAACAUGCAUGUUCAGCCACAUAAUAAGCCAAACGGUUGGAACUUCAUUGACUCUGCAUCACAUAGAGGUGAUGCUACAAAAGGUCGGGAUAUUGAUUCUCAGAAUAGUGAUCAUAGAGGUGCCAUUUAUGAGGAGAAAGGCCAUGGUUCUUCUAUUGAUCAUUCCAUUUCUGAUGCAAAUAUUGAACAGGGAAAUUUAAAUUCCGGCUUGAGAAGCCUACAGGUGAAUAGGGAAGGUUCUGACUUGGAUAAUGUUGCUGCAGUAACAGAUUCAAGAACCAAACAGGUCAACGAAAGCUGCCAGCAACUUCCAAAAUAUCAUAAUCUUGAUCUCAGGAAAAAUACUAAUUCUAAAUUAAACUCUGUCCAAAGCAAUGUUCAAGCAAAAUAUCAGCAGAAUCAGGAUAAGAAUCCUAAAGCUUUUGAUUCAUCUGGAAAUGAUUGCUUGGACAAGGGAGGAUAUAACGAUGAAGCAAAUAUGUUGGACAAUCACAAUGUCAAAGAAACUAGCAAUGACAGUUUUCACCCAAACUCAUUCCACCAUUCUUCUACUGGUGGCAUGAGAGACAAUGUCUGGAUGGAUGUAAAUGAUUCACGUGGAGGAAAACAGACGUCAUCUGUUCGUAUCAGUCAUAAGCCAUCUGGAAUCCGUAAAUUUCAGUAUCAUCCUAUGGGGGAUCUGGAUCUGGAGGCUGAACCGUCAUAUGGAACUAAAAGUGUUGCAUAUUCACAGGAAACAUCCCAACAUGUUGUGCAAGGAUUGAAAGGUCAUGACCAAGGAUACCCUGGGCAGUCAAAAUUUACUGGUUAUAGUGCUGGAGAGCCUAUAGAAACUGAGAAGGGGUGUUUUCCUAGCAUUCACGCAAAUAAGGUACCUUCAAAAAGAUUGAAUCAGGGUUCUGCUUCUGACAGAUAUUUUGUUGGUUCUGUGCCAAACAAUACAACUCCAAAGAGUCAAAACAUGCUGGAGCUUCUUCCUAAGUUUGAUCAGCCAAGAGAACAUGAUACUGCAAUACAUGUAAGCUCUUCUGAACGCAAUCUAUCAUCUGAAAUGCCAGAUACAGAAAGUUCUGAUGGAUCUGUGGGCCAGUUUCAACAUAAUAGGCCUUCUUCUUCCCAAGGUUUUGGUUUACAGUUAGGUCUUCCAUCUCAAAGGUUUACCAUUCCUGAUCGUGCAAUCUCAUCUCAGAGUUCUCCCCAAGUAGUUAAUUCUUUAAAUUCAGUUCAUGUCACUUCUGAGGUAGGAAGGAAGGGUCAUGCAUGGUUGGAUCCAAAAACUUUUGUCCAGUCCUCAACUCAUGGAGCAUCCGCUGGAGACUUUAGGAAUAACAUUUCAAGUGGUUCUGAUUGCCAUUUAAAAAGUCUUCUUCAAAGCCAGCAUGUUCCUAGUGUGAGUAGUCAGGCAACUCCAAGUGCAUCUAUGAAUGCACCUUUUGGUGGGUUGGCAUCUCUGCCCAAGCAAACUGAUGACUCUUCUGAGAGAGUCCAAAUUAGUCAAUUGCGAAGGAAACCAGCACCUCGCAUACCUAAAACUGCUGCAGAUAACAAUCUUGCUUCCUCAGAGACUUCUCGGCCAAAUAGUAGCGACCAAAUCCACGCAAGGGAUCCAGGCCAGCAAUAUCUAGUUUUGGAGGCUCUGCCAGCUUCCCAACCAUCUGUUACAUCUGAAACUCCAAAGCCAGAUGCUUUUACCAAAAUGCCCAUUGGGUGGACCAGUGUUUCUGCCCCGCAUCUAUUAGUAGCAGAGUCAUCUCAGGCCUCCCAAAAUUUGUUUAAUCAUCAAUCAAAUAUUAACUCUAAAACAACUGUUCCUGGAACAAUGAAGCUAGACAAUCAAAUUGCUGAGGCAGGAGAUUGUAGUCAAUCUGAGUUGCCUGCAGGUUCUGCUAAGCCACAGAGCUUUGUUGGAGAGGAGCAGCCCGGAAAAGAUCAGCAGUUAUUGGCAGAGAAUGGUCCCAGCUUACAUCCUGCAACUAUGCCCCGAAAGAUCAAUGCUCUUGGCCACUCCUUGAGUCCAAAUAAUACUGUACAUCAAAAUCAUUCAUUGUUGCAUCAGGUGCAGUCCAUGAAAGAUAUAGAGAUUGAACCAAGUAAUAGGAACAUCAAAAGAUUUAAAGGCCCAAGUCUAGACUCUGCUUUGGAUACUCAUCAGGUCAGUUCUGAAAGUGUGGAGCAGUUAUCUUAUGGAUCCGAUACUAUGACGAAAGAUGCUCAGGUUAAUUGUCUGUCAGCUCCUUCUAAUGAUAUCGUGGCAUUCACUCAGAAUGAUUCCCAGCAUAUCUCUAGUGCUGAUAAUUCAUCCGCUAAUCUCAAGGGAAGACUCUCUCAAAUAAGUCCCCAGAUGGCUCUGUCCUGGUUUGAUCGGUAUGGCACAUUCAAGAAUGAGCAAAUGUCCUCCCUAUUUGAUGCUCGAAAAAUGGCCAUGGUAAAGGCUGCUGAAAAAUCUGUCAUUGUUGAUAUGCCUUCUGACAGUUCGCAUGCUCUUCGUUCAAGUGAGCAGGUUAUUACUGCUGCUGAUGUUAGUCAGCUAGAUAGUGCCUGUAAAAAUUCAAAGCCAAUAUUGAGUGAGCAUAUCUCCUCUCAAUCACUGCCUCCUGAUAUCACAAAUCAGGAUUUGGUUGUUGAGAAAGCAAAAAAGCGUAAAAGUAUGGCAUUUGAUCUUCUACCAUGGCAUAGAGAAGCGACACAAGUUUCUAAAAAAUCUCAGAACAUCAGUUCGGCAGAGGUGGAAUGGGUGCGUGCAGCAAAUCGAUUGAUUGAGAAGGUUGAAGAUGAACCUGAAAUGAUUGAAGAUUGGACUCCAGUGGUUAGAUCAAGAAGAAGGCUCAUCUUGACAAGGCAACUUAUGCAGCAACUACUUUGUGCUCCUCCAAGAGUAUUUCUUUCUGCCGACACUAGCGAAAAUUAUGAGACUUUGGCCUAUUUUGUUGCCAGAUCAGUCUUAGGAGAUGCAUGUAGCACAGCAUUUGUACCGGAAAGUGAUACUGCUGUUUGUCCUGACAGUGAAAGCGUCUUCUCGGAAAAGCUUAAGGAGAGAAACCAGUCCACCUUAAAUGCGACAAAAGGUUUUAUCAGCAGAGCAAAAAAGCUUGAAAAUGAUUUACAGAGUCUGGAUAAGAGAGCCUCGAUCUUGGACCUAAGAUUAGAAUGUCAGGAUCAAGAGAAGGUUUCCGUCAUCAAUCGUUUCGCCAGGUUCCACGGUCGCGGGCAAGCUGACGGGGCUGAAACUUCAUCGUCCUCAGACGCGAUGGCUAAUUCUCACAAAUUCUUCUCCCAGAGAUACGUAAUUGCUCUACCAAUGCCCUUGAAUCUCCCUGACAGAGUACAAUGUCUUUCCCUUUGAUCAUUACUUGAAUGAUUUUUUUCCUUCCAAAUUUAAAAUCAACGGUGGCUCUUAGAUCUUUCCAUCGGAGGCCAUUCGUGUCAGUUUCCGGAUUAAUGUAUAUAUAGAAGUUUUACUUUUGGGUACCUGUUUGGAAAUGUUGAGAGAAAGUUUAGGGUAAAGCCCCAUGAUUUUUGGGUAAAUGGGGAACAAAAAAAGCUCAGUCUUGAGGUGAAAAAAAAUUAGUGUAUUUAUUAUUAAAACUUUUGGAUGCCUUUCAUUCAUAAGUAAAGGGUUUAUGCAUUUC